UUCUUUUCUAUAUUAUCUAUAUAGUAUAUAACAUGCUUAAAGUAUUUGGACUCGCCUUUUAAAUUUGUAAUACUUACUUUUAUAUAAAAUUUGCAACCAAACUAUGUUCCCUGGGAUGAAGAAAAAAUACAGUUUUUUAGACAUGAAAUAUUACAAAUAUGACACGAACAGUUUUGAUUUUGGAGAUUUAGAAAGGGGAGGGGUGAACUGUUAAUUUUCCAGGUGACUAUAUGUUUUGAGAUUUUACUCAGGAUCCUUGAAGUUUGCAACAUCCUAAUGGGUUUUCAGUUCAUUCAUUGGUUAAUAGUUUUGAGUGAAGCUUCUAUGUAGUAUGCACAACAUUACGCCCGGUUGUUCAGCUUAGUAGGAAGUGUAUGCAUGCUCGAUGGUCUGUGCAAGUACCAAUUUUAAUGGUCCAAGGAUCUGUAAAGCUGCAAGUAGGUGAUAACUAUUGUCAGGAUGAGCGUUAGCUGGAAGUGGUGUUUAUUUGAAUAGAACAGGGCUGAUAAUUCAAAUUGAGCAGUAGUUUCUGAAACGUCUGUAGGAGAUCGUGCCUAGUCAGAAAAUGUGAUAUUUAGGUGUACCCACAGUUCUUCACCAGCCAUGUAUCUUUUAGAUUUGUUUCAUACUUCCGCACUCAGAUGAACACCUCAGUCCUCUAGGAUUAAACUAUCUAUGUUCUGAGUUGGCAGGGAGAGCGACGAAAUUCUGUUUUGUUGCUGCUUUGAGCACUAUUUGCACUCCUAGUUAAGAUCCGAAUUUGAUAUGUGAAUCAAUGUCAAAUUGUUGGUCAUCAUGAUAUACGUGAAUUGUGAAGUUUAGUAUACAUAACAGUUCAUUGUGGAAGAAUGCUCGAUAGCUGCUUACAUUGUGAAGCUAGUGGUGGAUUUUUAGUUUGCGUCUUGUUCUGCUGGAGGUGUGCAUUUUAGUCAGGAUAUGGAGUAUAACUUUUUUUGUGUUGCUUAUGAUCGUUCCAUUUGGGUUAUAUGAUGGUUGAUGGCUACUUGUAGCUUUAUAAAUAUAUUGCUUUCUGAAGUUCUGUACAUAUACAUGGUUUUGUUUUUAGACUAAGUACUCUGAAGACCCCACGUUGAGAGUAGUGCCUAUAAUAUGCUCACUUUAGAUUAAUGCUGGGAUCUGCAAUGUCUUGUAGCUUUAUUUGUGGAAAAUUUGAAAUGCUACCGCUUUUUUUAGUCAGCGGUCUGUUAUUGUUGUCAAGUUAUCCUCAUGAAAGUAACUGCCCUGGUUUGGUCAGUCAUGGCUGGACUCUUAAGCUGAAUCAUGUAGCAUGUGGUUAAUGUGCCGGUGACCUGAUGUUGAGCUGGGAAAUUGAUUUUCACACACUAUUAUUGGAUAGACAGACCUAUGUGAUCAUUGUGCCGUUUAUGUUGGCAAUAGUUGUUUGUCUGUGUGUUAUCUUCUCCGUUAGUUAUUUUUGCUGGAGUUUGUAAAUGAGUUGCAAAGUUGAUGGCGAUCUGUUUCCACUAGCUGACGUAAUGGCUUAUAGUUUUAGAACAUCUGCGUGCUAUUUUCCGUGUUGCUUGUGAUAUGUGAGGUUUUUGUUUCAAAUGCUCACAACCUACCUGGCUGAUAGUUAUGACACCAUAUAUGUGGUUGAUUUGCGGUAGUAACAGAGGAGGAUGAUAUAUCACUUGUUUACUGUUACAUGUUAACUGAUUAUGUUUUAAAGGGGUUAGAACACAAUCUUAGAGGGUUGAAGGUUGUCUCACCAGCAUCUAUAAAGUUAUCUAAUACCUUUAGUUUUACCUCUCUUAUGAUAUGACAUGCAUUGCUUCUCUUCUGGCAAGGGAAACCAUAAUGUUAAAUAUCAGGAUCAUAUUGAUGAAGAAAUUCUAGACAAGUUUACUGUGUUAGAACUGUAAAACCGCAAGUUAUCUGGUCAGGUGUUGUAAGUGUGAUGUUUUUCCGAAUCAAUUACUAACAGAAGCCUUGUAUAUCAGAGUGGGGAAGAGUUUGAGAAAUUUCCUGAACGAGCGUUGUGAGAACAUGAGUUUAAAUUGUGCUUUGUAUUAAACUCAACAUAUUAAGGUAAAUAAAGCAAACUGUCACAGCUGAACACGAGGUUAAGUCAUCCCAAGUGCUGUUUGUUUCUCUGGGAUGGUCGUGUAGGAUUAGAAAGUUUCAGUUAAAGAUUUGUUAGAAGCUGUGAUCGUAUAAUUACAACAGUGGGAAAGAAGAAAUUGAUUAAGGGAUUGGUACAAAUAGUCCUUACUUAUUCUAAAAGCGAAUGGUUAAGUUCUUUGUUGGCCGAUCUAGAGAUAAUGCUUGAAAGAGACACUGGCCGUCCACGUGGAUUUGGAUUUUUGACAUUUUCAGACCGUCGGGGUAUGGAAGAUGCCAUCAGAGAAAUGCAUGGCAGUGACCUUGGGGAACGAGUGAUUUCAGUUAACAAGGCCCAGCCAAGAAUGGGUGGUGAGGAUCAGGAUCGGGCUUUUGGUGGAAGCUAUCCAUCAGGUGGCAGAGGUGGCUAUGGUGGAGUUGACAGACCUCUGGGGCAAGACGAGUGCUUUAAGUGUGGCCGCUCAGGACAUUGGGCUCGUGACUGCCCUUCGGCUGGUGGUGCUGGUGGUCGAGGUGGCAGCCAGUUCUCCUCCCGCUCCAGGUUUAAUGGUGCUCCUGGUCGUGGAGAUCGCUAUCCAGACCGUGAACGCUAUGUGGACGAUAGGUAUGAUGCAGGGCGGUUUGGUGAUAGAGACCGUUAUGACAGCAGAGAUAGCAAGUAUGGAAGCCACAGUCGCUAUGAUAACGACAGGUACCCACCAAAUGGAGAUCGGUUUGGAGGCGAUAGGUAUGGAGCCCCAGAUCGUUAUCCACCACCACCGAGCACAUAUGGCAGGGAGAGAGACUAUGAUCGUGAUGUCGGCCCAAGGAGCAGUGAUAGAUACAGUGGUGCUGCUGGACCAGUACGUUAUGAAGGAAGAAACUACAGGGAUAGAGCUGGUCCAUAUGACCGUCCUAGAAGGGGAGGAGGCCGCCCAUCAUCGUUUGACUAUUGAAAACCUUUCUACCUGUCUACUGCUGAUAGGAUGAACUCACUUUCUGCAUUUUAGUCUUGCUUACUAUUAGAAUCGCAUACUUGUUAAUGAUUCAGAUUGUUCUGUUUAAAUGUUUGGUAAGCACUUCGUUUGUAUGGGUAUUCAGUAUCUGUCCUUGAUACAGAAUAUCCAUUCAUCAACAAAACAUAUGGAGUUUCAUUUUAAUGUAGUAAAUUUGAAAAGCA